CAGAGCAACCACCACAGUUGUUCCUUGGCUCUGUCUCAUCUCCCCCCUUCAACAAAAACAAAGCAAGAGGAUAAAGAAAAAGAAACAAUGGCAGCGAAGCAAAUGGAAGAUAUACAGAGAAAAUUAGGGAUGCUGAAUUAUCCAAGAGCCAAUGCUCCCGCUCAGUCUCUUCUUUUUGCCGGCAUGGAACGUUACGCUCUUCUCGAAUGGCUCUUCUUCAAGUUAUUGGGUGAUAAAUCACCAUUCUCGCAGCAAAAUCUACAAGGAGAUGCUAUGGAUCGUGACGAAGAGACGGCUCGUAUCCAAUAUCUGGCAGAGAUUGCAAAGUUUCUGGGCAUCACUUCAAUUAUAGAUACAGAAGCCAUCCAAGUAAGUUACUUAAUUCUGUAUAUAAAAUAUUGGUAUGCCCAUUUGUUAUAUUUCUUUGAAAUACGCCCUUGGACGCACAUGAUGGAAGUGCCACAGCUUCAUGGGUUUGGACCAGCUGCCAACCGGUUGUUGGAGGCAUACAAGAUGCUUUGGAAGUUCCUAGGGAACUUAAGAAAUCUUAGAGAUUCGCAUGCAGCUCUUGCUGUUGGAUCUUCUGAAACAAAAGCUGGCGAGCCCUCUUCUGUUACAAGAAUAAUUUCAGAGUGCGAGUCUGCACUGACAUUCUUAAAUCGUGAUCUUGGCAUUCUCUCGGCUUCGAUUUCACGUGAGAAAGGUAACAAUGCGAGUUUAUGAUGAAUGCAUCAUAAGAUAUAGCUAAAAACUUCUGACAUGACCUUACAACUCUUUCUUGGGAACUUAUUUUUGUGGAAUAUUUAUAUGAUGUUUGAAGGUUGAUUGAAUUGAAUGUCACAAUACCAUUGUUACUUUGGUGAGUGUGCAGUGUUCACUAUGUCGGAGCAUAGUAGUUUUGAUUUGAUUCUUGAUUCCUCAAACCUUGAAUAUAUCAUGUGAAAUGAAUGGCAGGCUUCUCCGUAUGUUAUAUAUGAUGAUUAGAGUUGGGGUUU